UUGCUUAGCUGUUAUCCACCUCCAUUACGAUCAAAACCUCCAUUAUUAUCUGCGUAACUGGAGGAAGGAUUAACAAGAGAAAAAAAAGAAGAAGAAAAGAGAGAACACUCAUAGAACACACCAAAGCUCAACGCCUCCUCAUUCUUCCUCCUUCAUCGAAACCCUAACAUCAAACGACAACAACAACAACAACAAGAGGAAGUCGUCUCUUUCUGUCUCUGUCUCUCUCUCUCUCUACAUUUUUUGACCUAAAUUCCUCUUAGCUUUACUCUUUCUUCAAGCUGACGGCGUUAAUUCGGCGUUACUGUGAAAGAGAGAGAGAGAGAGAGAGAGAGUGAAGAUGUGGGGCGAGGGAGAUGAGAGUAUUGGAGAGAGAAGAGAGACGAAGAGAGAGGAAUGGAGAUGGCUUCGGAGCCGGAGAGUAGUUUUAGAGCAUUGUCCUUUUAUUUGACUGUGGUUUACUUGGGGCUUUCACACUCUCAACCUGACCAAAACCGCCAUUUUUAACGCUUUCUCUUUCUCCUAUUCUUUGUCUGGAUUCUCAUGUACAUAUACUCACUCCUCUCUCUUUCUUUCCCUCUCUCUCUCUCUCUCUUAUUUGCUGCCUUUUCUUCUCAUUCAGUCUGGUUCUAGGGUUUCAAGUACUCUUCUCUUCUAGCGUGGGCACACUCCGUCGAUGAAUUAUUAGGGUUUUUUUCCCCCCCACAUUGUCACCAAUGAAUCUUGUUGCUUAUUUAUAUCACGCAGCUCUCUCCCUUAACUUCAUUUAUCUGCUUAUCGUCUUGGUUUCUUCAGCUUCUGAUUCUGAACUAAACUGUCUGCUUGAAUUCAAGAAGGGGAUUCAGAAAGAUCCGCACAACUCGGUCAACGGGAAGUGGGAUUUGGUUUCCGUUUCGAACUUUGAUGGUUGCCCUUCGUCCUGGACCGGUGUGUCUUGUGAUGAGAACGGUAAUGUGUCUGCAAUUGUGCUGGACCGGCUUGGCUUGGGAGGGGAGUUGAAGUUUCAGACUCUGAUUGGGCUUAGAAGUCUUAAGAAUUUGAGUCUUUCUGGAAAUGAUUUUACUGGACGGCUUGUUCCGGCUCUUGGGACAUUAUCUAAUCUGCAGCAUUUGGAUCUGUCCUCGAAUAGAUUUUAUGGGCCGAUCCCGGAGCGGAUCAAUGAUCUUUACAAUCUCAACUAUCUUAAUUUCUCAGCAAAUGAGUUCAAUGGUGGGUUUCCAGUUGGCAGAUUGAAUCUUAAUCAGCUCAAGGUGUUGGAUUUGCACUCUAAUCGACUUUAUGGGGACAUUGGCCUGCUGGUUUCCCAGCUGCGGAAUGUGGAAUAUGUUGAUUUAAGCCACAAUGAAUUCUACGGCGGACUUUCAAUUGGCUCUGAUAACGUCUCUAGUCUGGCUAAUACAUUGAAAAGUUUCAACUUAAGUUACAAUAGAUUGAAUGGUGGAUUCUUUGACGUUGACUCUCUCAUGUUAUUUCGAAAUUUGGUAGUCUUGGAUAUGGUUCAUAACCAGAUUAUAGGGGAAUUGCCUUCAUUUGGGUCCUUGCCUAAUUUGCGCGUUUUGAGGCUUGGUUAUAAUCUUUUAUCUGGCUCGGUGCCUGGGGAACUGUUAAACAGGUCUUUGCAAUUGGAGGAAUUGGAUCUUAGUGGUAAUGCAUUUACAGGUUCAAUUCUUCGGGUUGACUCUUCUACUCUGAAAUUUUUGGACCUCUCUUCAAAUGCUUUGUCCGGAGACAUAUCAGUUUUGCAAUCUUGGGAAGCCAAUUUUGAAGUUCUUGAUUUAAGUUCAAAUAAGUUCUCAGGAAGCUUCCCAAACGUAACUUCCUUCUUUCAGGGAUUAAAGGUGCUUAAUGUCAGAAAUAAUUUCUUAGAAGGCCCUUUGCCGUUUACAUUGGUCAACUAUCCUAGCAUGUCUGCAGUUGACUUCAGUUUAAAUGGUUUUAGCGGCACUGUCCCUGCUAGUUUCUUUACAUCUGUUACCUUGAUCAGCCUCAAUCUGUCUGGAAACCGGCUAACUGGUCCCAUUCCCCUUCAAGGCUCAAGUGUUAGUGAGUUGUUAGUUAAACCAUCAGAUCUGCCAUUGGAAUAUCUUGAUCUAUCCAAUAACUCCUUGAUUGGUGGGUUGCCUUCUGAAAUAGAUAAACUGGCGAGGCUCAAAUUGCUAAAUCUUGCCAAGAAUGAAUUAUCAGGACCACUUCCAGAUCAAUUGACCAGAUUGAGUGACUUGGAGUACCUUGAUUUAUCAAACAACAAAUUUACAGGUGAAAUUCCUGGUAUGCUUCCCAACCUACAUGUUUUUAAUGUAUCCUACAAUGAUCUCUCAGGUGACGUUCCAGAGAAUUUAAGGAACUUCCCCAUCUCAUCAUUUCGUCCAGGAAAUGAUAAGCUUAACUUACCAAAAGAUAUAGGUUCAGAGAACUCGAUUCCAAAUAAUUUCCCUGAGCAUGGAAGACGUCGUACUUCUAAAGCUAAUAUCCAAAUAGCUAUUAUUCUUGCCUCAGUUGGAGCAGUUGUGAUGAUUGUUUUUCUUCUACUGGCUUAUCAUAGAGCACAACUCAAAGAUUUCCAUGGAAGAAGUAUAUUUAGCGGCCAGAGUACUGAAAGGAACAUUAAGAUAGAACGUUUCAGGCCUUCCAUUUUCAAGUUCCAACCGAACAAUCAGCCUCCACCAACCUCUGCAAGUUUUUCAAAUGACCAUUUACUAACCUCCACUUCAAGGACAUUAUCUGGGCAGGCAGAAUUCUCUUCCGAGAUUUCUGAACAUGUUUUACCUGGAGGUGCUGCUGCGAGUUCAUCAAUGAUUAUUCCUAAUUUACUCGAUGAUCCUGUUACAUCUGGGAAAAAUUCCUCCCCAGGUUCCCCAUUAUCUUCCUCACACCAGUUUGUUGAAGGGCGUGAACAACCUGUGACACUAGACGUGUAUUCACCAGAUCGUUUAGCUGGAGAAUUGUUUUUUCUGGACAAUUCACUGCUAUUCACUGCUGAGGAACUAUCCAGAGCCCCAGCUGAAGUUCUUGGUAGAAGCAGCCAUGGAACACUAUAUAAAGCUACUCUGGAUAGUGGACAUAUGCUGGCUGUUAAGUGGUUACGUGUGGGGCUGGUCAAACAUAAGAAGGAAUUUGCCAAGGAAGUUAAAAGAAUUGGAUCAAUGAGGCAUAAAAGCAUUGUUCCAUUACGAGCAUAUUAUUGGGGUCCAAGAGAACAAGAAAGACUUCUUUUAGCUGACUAUAUUUUGGGAGAUAGCUUAGCUCUACAUCUUUACGAAACUACACCUCGAAGGUAUUCUCGGUUAUCGUUCAGUCAACGACUAAAAAUUGCAGUGGAAGUUGCUCGCUGUUUGUUAUACCUUCAUGAUAGGGGCCUCCCCCAUGGAAACUUAAAGCCAACAAAUAUUAUCUUGGCAGGCCAUGAUUCCGAUGCCCGGCUCACUGACUAUGGACUUCACCGUUUGAUGACACCAGCAGGCAUUGCGGAGCAGAUAUUGAAUCUAGGAGCACUUGGAUAUUGCGCUCCAGAACUCGCUUGUGCAGCAAAACCUGGUCCAUCUUUCAAGGCUGACAUUUAUUCAUUUGGGGUAAUUUUAAUGGAGCUUUUAACCAAAAGAAGUGCAGGCGACAUAAUAUCGGGUCAAUCGGGGGCUGUUGAUCUCACAGAUUGGGUGCGUCUGUGCGAUCAAGAAGGACGAAGAAUGGACUGUAUAGACCGAGAUAUCGUAGUUGGAGAAGAGCCUUCGAAAGCUAUGGAUGAACUGUUGGGUGUAUCUCUCAAGUGCAUUCGUCCUGUAAAUGAGAGGCCUAACAUCAGACAAGUGUUCGAUGAUUUAUGUGCUAUAUGUGUUUGAUUUUCAUCCCCAUCCUUCCAACCCCCCGUGUACAUGCGUCUUGGAAUUAGUUUUUUUCCGUGUUCCUCGACCCCAAUUGUUUUUGUUUCUUAUUUUUCGCUUCGUAUUGGUUUCAGCCUACUGAUUUUGGGCUAAUUGUCACCAUUUUUUCUCCGUGAAAUUUUCUUGUAAAUGGACAACCACCCCAUCCAUUGAUUUUUUUCCUCCCCUACAAGAGUUUCAGUUUGAUGUUAAUGGAAGAAAAAUGUUGCUCA